AUGCCUCUUACGGGACACUGCCUCUGCAAGGCCGUCACUUAUAAGGUGGACGUCGAUGAGCCACUCCUCACCGGCUAUGACCACUGCGAUGAUUGCCAGCGCCAGAGCGGUUCAACGUACUCCCUCGUCGCCGUUGUUCCCAAGGAUAAGCUAACCAUCAACGGCCCCACGAAGAGCUGGGCUGGUAAGGGCUCGUCAGGCAAAGAUGUUCACCGCAUCUUCUGCUCUGAGUGUGGCUCGCCAAUUGCUCACGACCCUGACGCAGCCCCAGAGAUCAUCGCUAUCAAGGCGGGCACCCUCGAUACUGAGAUCAAGAAGAACCUGAAGCCGGACACCGAGAUCUGGACUGUCGGCAAGCUGCCAUUCUGCCAGGAGAACUUGGCAAAGCCGUUCAAGCACAUGCCCGAGUAA